CUUCGGUGGAUUUUGACGUCCAAGACGUGUCUCCCGGUAAAUGCGACGCUGCAGCCAGUGUUGUCAGUGAGACUAUAGGAGGGGGGGGAUCUCCUCCUGGGUUUUAUGGGAAACGGGGCCGGCUGCGACAGGACUGCUGUAGGUCAACGAUGGGAGGAUCGGUGUCUUGCUGCAUCUCCCCCGGAGAGAGUCCCAAGAUCCACAGGAGGGAGGUGGAGCUGGAGGAUUGCCCCAUCACCACCGCGGAGGACGUGAGCGAGGACACCGGGACCUACCUGCAGCACAUCAGCGACAGGGAGCUCCCAGACGAGCUGGCCCAGGAGUCCAACCCAUCGGACCACCCCAGAGCCAGCACCCUGUUCCUCAACAAGUCGCAGACAGACGUGCGCGAGAAAAGGAAAAGCAACUACAUGAAUCACACGAUGUCCCCGGGUAUUCUGACGAAAAAGUACAGCUCCUGCUCUACGAUAUUCCUCGACGACAGCACGGUCAGCCAGCCCAACCUGAAGAGCACCAUCAAAUGCGUCACGUUGGCCAUCUACUAUCACAUAAAGAACAGAGAUUCAAACCGCUCGGUGGAAAUAUUCGAUGAGAAGAAGCACCCUCUGUCGAGAGACAAGGUUCCAGACGACUACGCAGUGGUCGACCCCGAACACAAACUCAUCUACCGCUUCAUACGGACGCUCUUCAGCAGCGCGCAGCUCACGGCCGAGUGCGCCAUCGUCACGCUGGUUUACCUGGAGAGGCUGCUGACGUAUGCGGAGAUGGACAUCUGUCCUUGCAACUGGAAGCGAAUUGUUCUGGGUGCCAUCCUGCUGGCCUCCAAGGUGUGGGACGACCAGGCCGUGUGGAACGUCGACUACUGCCAGAUCCUCAAAGAAAUGACCGUGGAGGACAUGAAUGAGAUGGAGCGUCACUUCCUGGAGCUGCUCCAGUUCAACAUCAACGUCCCGGGAAGCGUCUACGCCAAGUAUUACUUCGACCUGCGCUCGCUGGCUGACGACAACAACCUCAGCUUCCCUCUGGAGCCGCUGAGCAACAAGCGCGCCCAGAAGCUGGAGGCCAUCUCCAGGCUGUGCGAGGACAAGUACAAGGACCUGUGUAAACCGGCCGUGAGGAGGUCUCUCAGCGUAGACAACAUGGCCGGCAUCAAGAACUCCCAGGCGGUGCUGUCUUAGGUCUGCGGCGUGCGAGGUGGCGUGCGAGCUGGCGUGCGGGGGCGGCGAAGCCACAGGCCCGAGACGCCACGUCGAGGAAGUCAAGACGGCAUCCAACGAGAGAGGCGUCUCCAAAGUAGUUUUAAAAAUAAAAAAUGAAAUAAAAUCAGCGGCGAAAAAAAAAAAAAAAAAAGUUUUCUUACAAAAUAAUGUAAAAAUGAGGUGCAACAAAAGAGCCGACGCUUACCAAAACAAUAGCUCUAAGGUAUAAUGAGUCCAGUCUCUCUGUGUCGAUUACAAAGAACUUCAGCUAAAUGCCUUUUUAACGCAUGAUGAUGAUACGGGGAAACAUUUUGCAGACUAACUUCAUUUUUUGUUUGUUUUUAAUGAGUAACUGAAAGAAAUGGGCUUGAAUAUGCUUCCUGAAGUCACGCGAAAUGAGGUCUUCCUUCUUCUUUUUUCUUUCUCUGACCCUCUCUCCCACCCCCUCCCCCCCCCUCACCUUUUUAUUCACACGGACGGACCGUCUCGAGCUACCCUGUGGUGUAGUUCUGCACAUGGACAAAGAGUAGACUUUGUUUUGCUUACUAUGUAGGCCCCUAUAGCUGUGAAAUGUACAAGACUUUAUUUAAUUCAAAUAAAUUUCAGUCGCUGUUUAAAAGUGGAA